GGGUGAGUACGAGUUGUUGACAAAUUCAGCUAGCUCCUGCUUGUGCGGAAUAAAAUCCCUAUUUCCAAUUUAACUCGCAUUUCAGUGAAUAAUGACUUCUCCAGAGGACAAACACGGGACAAAACGACCCGCAUCUCCCUCGGAAGAUGGGUCCACCCAGUGGGCGUCUGCAGAUCUGGGAAGCAACGAAAGGAAGCAAAAGUUCUUGCGGUUAAUGGGUGCCUCUAAGAAAGAACACACCGGUCGCCUCGUCAUCGGUGACCACAGGUCCACGUCCCACUUCCGUAGCGGGCAGGAAGAUAAGCGGAUGAACGACGAGCUGGAGAUGCAGUACCAGCAGAGCAUGGACGGAAAACUGUCGGGCCGGGACCGGAGGCACUGCGGUCUGGGUUUCAGCGAGCCACAGCCAGAGCCGGUCAUCUCCCCGCCUGCAGACUCUCAGACAGAAGCUGCUAAACCAGAGGAGUCGUCCAGUGAAAACCAACACACAGAAGCUCAGGAGGAAGAUUCCAGCCCAGAGGAGAAAUCACCAGAACAGGAGGAGCCCGGCUCGGACGACCAGCCCAAGGAACGGAAACAAAACUACAAAAUGGCCUUCGUUAAACCAUUGUAGGAGGGGAGAGGAGCUAGCUUUUUUAUUCUCACAUCGGGACAGUUUGAUGCUUUUCGUUUCACUUUAGGACAUCACUCAAUUCUCAUUUGUACUGUCUGAUGGGAUGCAUCCUGGUGUGCAUGUGCUGAAAGAAUCUAGUCUUAAGGCUUCAAAAAUGUUUCUUUGUUUGAUGUUGUAGUGUAAGAUAAUGCUAUGACUGGCAAAUGAACCUGUUUUUAUUUCACUUGGAACAUUUUAACUGUCCUGUUGUCUGCCUUGAAAUGUACUGGAUGAAGCAAGAUUAUUUGCCAUUAAAUGUGAUUUGUGUAGAUAUGA